CCCAAACCGCAAGCAGUUACAGCACAUCUGCCUUUACUACUCCCAGUCUCUUAAAACAACUCGAGGUCUUUGCAAGGCGACUCCCAUCGGCAGCCAUGGCUCAGAACAACAUCCAAUACUCCGAGAAGUAUUAUGACGACGUUUAUGAGUACAGGCACGUCGUGCUUCCCCAGGAAAUUGCUCAAAUGUUGCCCAAGGGCCGGCUUCUAUCCGAGAAUGAAUGGCGCGCCUUGGGAGUGCAGCAAUCCCGCGGUUGGGUUCACUACGCUAUCCACCGGCCAGAGCCCCACAUCAUGCUCUUCCGGAGGCCCAAGGGCUAUGGAACAGGACCUGUUGCCCCCGACGUGCUCCAGGUGCAAUGAACGCGUACAGGCUUAGAGCUAUUCCACGCUAUGCACGAUGGAGGUACGGCGCUAUGGCGGAGCAGCGCUACUGGCCGCCGCGAUCAACGGUUUUGCGCUGUGCAUUUGUCGUCAUCGCCUUCAGUCCUGGCAAAGGAGCGAGCAGGCGUCGUGGCGGUGAUGUCUUGAGUUAGCAGGAGGGCUGGUUAAGGUGGCUGAAUAGCAGUUAGGGG